AUACUACCCUCUAGUGGAACCCUGCUGCACUGCAUAGCUUAGGCACUAUGUCAUACAGCCGCUGUGGUAACUCUGCCUGAUGUCAUGUCCUGAGAGAUUAAGAGAUUGGAAUUACUGCAGUGCAACACCACUUAUCACACAGCGGCACACGAUUCAAAACACGGAGGAGAGAGAGCGCACAAUUGGAGCAGAAACCGGAGCAUGCACACCCUCUUUUACCAGAGGUUAUAGAUUUCACCACUUCUCUAUUUGACCAUCUUCACUGCUUUUCCGUAGAAGAAACGUCGCGUGGCUACGUUGCCUUCGUAGCUCCGCCCUCAGUCACUGCAGUUUACCCUGACGCGCCAGCGAAAACAGCUCUGCUCGGGACACUCUGCAAAAUAAAGUCUCAAGGAACCUUUUUAUUCAUCAUGACCACGGAGCUCCUGUGUGGAUUUUAGCUCGGUUUACGAUUCGUUCACAGGAUGGAUUAUUAAUCCCAUCCUGACUGGAGGAGGACGACUCGCCCGGACGCUGCUUCCACAUUAGCGCUACAAUGUAUCCAACGUUACGGACGUUUUUACUAUCAAAUGCUCGGUGCUGGGAUGCCGACAGUGAGAGGUCAUAUCAGGACCUGUUUGAGAGUCUGGAUACUAAUAAAGAUGGGAAGGUGGACGUCGCUGAACUACGAGCGGGCCUCAAGGCAAUGGGUAUAUUCCGCCUGGGUGCUGCACAGAAAAUUGUCUCAUCUGGUGACAAAAACAAAGAUGGGUGUCUUGACUUCAAUGAGUUCUCCAAGUAUUUGAAGGAGCACGAGAAGAAGCUGCGGCUCACAUUCAAGAGUCUGGACAGGAACAACGAUGGACGCAUUGAUGCCUCAGAGAUCCAGCAGUCCCUUGCAGAGCUGGGGAUAGACAUAAGCAAAGAGAAUGCCCAGAAAAUAUUACACAGUAUGGACAUUGAUGGGACCAUGAUGGUGGACUGGAAUGAGUGGAGAGAACACUUCCUGUUCCACCCUGCUCACAAUCUGGAGGAGAUCAUACGCUACUGGAAGCACUCCUCGGUGCUAGACAUAGGUGACAGUCUUGCCAUCCCGGAUGAGUUCACUGAGGAGGAGAAGAGCUCAGGCGGCUGGUGGAAGCAGCUUUGUGCAGGAGCUGUGGCAGGGGCUGUUUCUCGCACCGGUACAGCUCCUCUGGACAGAAUGAAAGUCUUCAUGCAGGUUCAUUCUUCAAAAACCAACCGUAUAAGCCUCUUAGGGGGCUUCAGGCAGAUGAUUGUAGAGGGAGGUCUAACUUCACUCUGGAGAGGAAAUGGCACCAAUGUUUUAAAGAUUGCACCAGAGACAGCAAUUAAAUUCAUGGCAUAUGAACAAUAUAAAAAGUUGUUAUCAUCAGAGGGUAAAAAAAUUGAGACACACAAAAGGUUCAUGGCAGGCUCUCUCGCUGGGGCCACGGCACAGACAGCCAUCUACCCAAUGGAGGUAUUAAAAACUAGACUAACACUGAGGAAAACUGGCCAGUACUCAGGGAUGUUUGAUUGUGCCAAAAAGGUCCUGAGGAAGGAAGGAGUGAAGGCUUUCUAUAAGGGCUAUGUUCCAAACUUAGUGGGCAUCAUUCCCUAUGCUGGUAUCGACCUCGCCGUUUACGAGAGUCUGAAAAACGCCUGGUUGUCAUACCGCGCAACAGACUCGGCUAACCCUGGAGUUCUGGUGUUGGUGGGCUGUGGAACCAUCUCCAGCACAUGUGGCCAACUGGCCAGCUAUCCACUCGCACUUGUGCGCACACGAAUGCAGGCUCAAGCGUCUUUGAAUGCAUCAGACCAGCCCUCCAUGAGCAGUCUGAUGAAGAACAUCGUAGCCAAAGAUGGCUUUUUUGGACUCUAUAGAGGCAUCCUACCCAACUUCAUGAAAGUCAUUCCCGCUGUCAGCAUUAGCUACGUGGUUUACGAGUACAUGAAGACCGGUUUAGGAAUCUCCUAAUAAUGCUGCAACCAAAGAACAUAUAACUGUUUUUGUCAAUCUUGAAAAUGGCUGAAAUAACUCCAUGAAAUCAGAUGGACAUCAAACAUACAGAGCACGACCGGAGUUCUUCGGAAUGAAACCUGUAUGUGUCGCACUGAGGAUUGUCUGUUUGAAGCUAAGGCCUAUAUCAUUUGUGGUGAGCAUGCUUUAAGUCUUAACCUACUGUAAGAAAUAACACUUCCAAAAUGUUGCACCGUCCAAACUAUAACUUGACACAAAGAUAGGAAUGGACAUUUACAGAUAUGUAAAUAUUUCAUUAUAUAUAAUACAUAGUUCAUUAUUUAAUGCAUCCAACUGUGAUCAAACCUGUUGACCGUAUAUUAAGAUGGGUGACGCAACUUCAUCUCAAAGCCAAAAUACCCCCUGCAGGUGCAGACAUCUUGUGUAUUUGAAGCCAGAGCAUGUGCAGUAGUGAUUGUCCCUCGAAGCUGCAAGGCUGACAUCCAGCUCCUUUAACUUAUCAAAACACCCAAGGAUUAGCACAUCCUACAACCUGUUUCUUGUGUUGUAAGCAAACACACUUCAUAUUUGACGUCUAUAUCAGCCUCCUGAAGUACCCCCAACCAUCUGACAGAGCAAGAACAGUGAGGUCAGGGGCAGAGCUCUUGACAUUUUCUAGAAAUUUUCUGGACUGCAGGCAAGAAAAUGCUUUGUCAAAAUGAGAAU